AUUAGGUCUGUUAUCGGUUCGGAACAAUUCGUUCGAAAAAAUGAAGUUAAAACCCGUUUAUUUGUCGGUUAUUUUUUGUAUAAUUUUUGUUAAGUUCGUUGUUGGUUUUGCAAAGUUUGAACAGAUAAGUGAUUGUUAUGUCCACGAUCGAUCAUCACAUAUCGCUGGUACUUAUAAUGUGACAUUUAUAUGUUCAAUUUCUGGAAAAGAGAGUGACGUGUUUCCCAGUACAAAUCGAUUCAAAUGUUCAAAUCGUAACAAUAACAUGCAAAAUAUUUGGCUGGGCACAAUUAAUUUUAAAUAUUGUCAAUUUGGUCAACUGCGCCGGAAUUUCUUCGUCGAUUUUCCGAAUAUGCAUACGUUUAAUAUCUCGGACAUUGGUAUGGAAAUUCUGGAAUUAAAAUAUUUCGUUGAAGCAAAGAAUGUUUCGCAUUUAAUCGCAUCGAAAAAUAAAAUCACCGAAAUACCAUCGCAUAUAUUCAUCAAUGCCAACAAAUUAAAAUAUGUCGACUUUGCGAAUAAUACGAUACAGAAAAUCGAUGCAUCCGCCUUUGAAGGUGCAUAUGAACUUGAAACACUGAACCUAUCACAAAAUGCAUUGACCGAGCUCGAUGAACGAGUGUUUACAAAUCUAUCGAAUUUAUUGCAUUUGGAUUUGUCAAAGAAUAACGUGAAAACACUGCCGAAGCACAUUUUCAACCAAAAUACAAAAUUAAUCGAAUUAAAUCUGGCAUUUAAUCCAAUAGGCAAUGUGAAAAUUGAAACGUUUGCCAAUUUGCCAGACUUGAAGUAUUUAAACUUAAGGCGAACCAACAUUUCCAGCAUUGAACUCGGAACAUUUUCACAUCAACACAAAUUGGUCUCGUUGGAUUUGGCCGAGAAUUAUUUAAAACAAAUGGAAUUUAAUAUUUUCAUACCCAUGCUACCUGACUUGGUGUCACUGUAUUUGAACGGAAAUCAACUUACAAGCCUGAAUGGAUUUGAAAAUGAACUUUUUCCACAGCUGACAUUGCUGGAUAUCAGAGGGAACAAUUUUAACUGCACUUACCUGCAACAUUUUCUGAAGUCGGUUAAUUGGGACAAACUUCGUCUGCCGGUCGAUCCAAAGUCAGUAGUCCUAAGUGCCGGUGAGACAAGCAUUCGAAGCAUUAAAUGUAAACCAACCAUUGAUACAAAUCUCGUUAUAAACGAACCAAACUACGAAGUAAAAUUGCCAAAAAAUGUUUUGAUUGAACAAUGCUCGAAAUUAAUACACAAAUCACACACAGACACAUAUUUAAUAACGUUGAUUAUUGUAUUGCUAGCAGUCUGUGUGAUGCUUUUUAUCGCAAAUCGAAGAAAAUACUUCAACGUACCAGCCGAUUAUGAUCAGGGAAUCGAGCUAUCGUAAGAUACAGUGGCCACCAUUCGAAAAACAUCCUAUCAUCACUAUGUUUAU